AUGGUGGCCACUACGACGUGCAGGGCGUGCCCAACCGGCACUCUUUCAGCAUGUUAUCUGCGCACGGCAUUAUCGGCCUCGGCCACUGCGGCCACUGCGACCACUGCGACCACUGCGACGGUCCAGCGCCCGAUUUGGCUGCCUGCACGGCGAUGGGCUACAGCACGGACGUCAUCCUCAGCGCUACAGGCGGGCCCACGAACAGCCAAGGCGCCACGCUCUUCGCGUCGUGCCUAUCAUUCGACAGCAGCUGGCGAUGGCGAAGGCGACAGCCUGGGGAAAAAGAUGCUGGAGUCGGCAGCCACGUCGAUGGCGUCGAUUGUGAUGCUGGGCCUGGGCUUUGCGCUGGCCGGCUACGGCUACCACAAAUUCUACAAGCACCUCGUGCUGCACAAGAUGGAAAAGGCCUUUGAUCCAGGCGACCCGGUGCUGGAGCUGGCAGCCAUGGGCCGGGGCAUGCAGCGGUAUCCAGGACGGGCGAGUGCAGCGAGCGAGCCGGAUGGACACAGCGAGCAGUACUGGACGCUGCGGCCGGAGCAGCAGGCGGUGGACGCCAUCGUCAGUGGCCAGGACGUCGGGCACUACCACCUCUUCCUGGGCGAGAAGGGCACGGGCAAGAAUCUUCCGGAUCCGGCUGGGCAAGGCGCUCAAACUUUUGACUUCAACGAGGACUACAUUGGCGGCUACUUCAGCGAGCGCGGGCCGCGUGAGAGCACGGCGCUGCUGGACAUUGAGCGGGCACUCAACAAGCUGGAAAAGGUGGCGCUGAGGCGGCGACAGAAGCAGAAGCAGGCGACACACCGGCCGCUGAUCCUGAUCAUCAACCAGAUGCAUCUCGUGCGCGACGACGAGGACGGCCGCGACCUGAUCGAGCUGCUGCAACAGCGAGCUGAACAGUGGGCUGCAUCGGGCUUGGUGACCAUGGUCUUCUGCAGCGACGACUACUGGGUGCACGAGCGGCUGCGUCAGCUGGCGGCCCGUCUCGAGGUCCACAGCAUCCAGGACCUGUCGCGAGCCCAGGCCACGGCGACGCUGCAGCGCUUCCGUCAGCGCUACUUUGGCGAGACGCUCUCGGACACGAAGGCCUCGGCCGUGUACGACCGCGUCGGUGGCCGGCUGACCUUUCUCAACCGCGUCGCCCGCAGCCGCGACAUGAUGGCGACGUGUGACCAGAUCACCAAGAUGGAGAAGAAGUGGUUUCUCGCCCAAUGCUGGAUCCUGGGUGCCGACAUGGACGACGACGUCAUGGAUCAGCAGAAGUGGGCUGCUGCCGCCAUGGUGCUGGCCCAGGCCCUGGUCGACAAGGAGGCCGCCGUCGGUCUGGCUGCCGGGAACGGCGACGAGGAGCAGGAACGUACGGAUGUGGCCGAGGCCUCGUCUGUCGCCAGCACUGCCAACACUGUCUGCACUGCCCGCCCGCCCAUGCGGCCGUCGUUUGCCCUCCACGAGGCACAGCAGAUCAUGACGCGCGCCGACUUUGUGCGCGAGAUGGACCGCCGCAACCUGUUUACCAUUACCAGCCAGGGCCACGUGCGGGCGGCCUCUGUGCCUAUGCAGGCGGCCCUGCGCCAGAUCUGCGGCAUGCCUGGCUUCCGCGAACAUCUCGACGCCACUGUCCAGCGCAUCUCCGACAUUGAGAGCCUCGGCCGCACCCGCGAACUCGUCGCCAAGGAUCUCGUCCUCGGCGGCCGCUACGAGCUGGCCGCGUCCAAGGCCGACAAGAAGCGGACCGAAGUUGUCUUCACCGGCUGGAGCCCUCACCAGAGGCCACCGGACGAUUCGCUCUCCCCGACGGAAGAUCCAUAG